AUGCCUGGCUUGGUAUCAGCAACCGGCGUGCUCGCCUUCCUGGCCGAUGAGGAGCCUGAGCUCCGAGUCUUCGCCCUUCAGACGCUCAACGACGACAUCGACACCGUCUGGACCGAGGUCGCCGGCAGCUUGAGCCAGAUCGAGGCCCUCUACGAAGACGAGACCUUCUCCGAGCGUCAGCUUGCAGCUCUCGUGCUCGCCAAGGUGUACUACCAUUUGCAGGCGUACAAUGACAGCAUGGUCUUUGCCCUGGCCGCGGGGGACCUGUUUAAGAUCGAAGCUCCUGGCGAGUUCGAGGAGACCAUCAUCUCCAAGUGCGUGGACCAGUACAUCGCCGCCACAUCCGCCAAGCAUACCGCUCCCAAAACCGCCAAGACGUCAGACCUGCCUGAGCUGUCAACCACUUUCGCCAGCUCCACCGAGGGCGCCGUCCUGUCUCCCACGACUCCCUUCUCUCAGACAACGCUGCCGCCGAAAUCCCUACUUUCUCGCGCUUCUAUCGACAACACUAUACUAGACGCAACCUUCCAGCCUGUAACAAAGGAAGGCCGCUCGGGAUCUAUUACUCAGCUGCCCAACAACGUGGCCGAAGCUUCUCUGCAGAGAAUCAUCGACCGCCUGUUCGAGAGCUGCUUAAAGCAAGGCCGUUACAGGCAAGUUGUCGGUAUUGCUGUUGAGGCCAAGAAUCUCGAUAUCCUAAGGCGAAUUAUCAAGCGCGCCAGCGAGGAUGAGAAACUGUCCAAGGCCAAGGGAACUGAUGGCCAGCCGGGUCCCGCCGAAGAGCUGAUGGAAUAUAUUUUGGGCAUCUGCAUGGAUGUCGUUCAAGAGAGAGCCUUCCGCACAGAGAUCUUGCGGUUAAUUCUUGAUCUUCUAAGCGACAUUCCAAACCCCGACUACUUCGCCAUCGCCAGAUGCGUCGUCUACCUCAACGCAGACGAGGAGGCAUCGCGAAUGCUCCGGAACCUUGUUGCCAAGGACGACCGCACUGCGACCGCCAACGCAUAUCAGAUUGCGUUUGAUCUUUACGACAACGGUACACAAGAAUUUUUGGGCAAGGUUUUGACUUCUCUUCCUUCUGGGGAGCCCCCCAAGAAGGAGGAGGGGGCUGAGGGCGGCGACAAGACCGAAGAGAGCGAGUCGCUUUUGGCAAACCAACAGAGCGCACCUGAAGAUGAGCUUCCCGAAGAGGUGGCCAAGGUUUACCGCAACAUUCGAUCUAUCCUCGACGGCUCCAAGACUAUCCGCCUGAACCUCGAAUUCCUCUACCGCAACAACCACACGGAUCUGAGCAUUCUCAACAAGGUCCGAGACAGUCUGGAGGGUCGCAAUUCUAUCUUCCACACUGCUGUCACCUUUUGCAAUGCUUUCAUGAACCAGGGCACGACAAAUGACAAGUUCUUCCGUGACAACCUCGAGUGGCUCGGAAAGGCUGUCAAUUGGUCCAAGUUCACUGCUACAGCUGCCCUCGGAGUUAUCCACCGUGGUAACCUGUCACAGUCUCGAAAGCUUCUCGAGCCGUAUCUUCCCAAGCAAGGUGGCCUCAGCAACGGGUCCAUCUUUAGCCAAGGAGGUGCUCUGUAUGCCUAUGGCCUCAUCCACGCCAAUCACGGUGCAGGAGCCCUAGAAUACUUGAAGAUGCAAUUCGGCCAAGCCGAAGAAGAAGUCGUUCAGCAUGGUGGUGCCCUGGGCUUGGGUAUUGCCGGUAUGGGCACUGGUGACAGCGAGAUUUUUGAGAAGCUUAAGGAUGUGCUCUUCCAAGACUCUGCUCUCAAUGGCGAGGCUGUUGGUCUGGCCAUGGGCUUGAUUAUGCUUGGUACCGGAAACGUCAAGGCCCUGGAGGAUAUGAUUACGUAUGCUCACGAGACAACCCAUGAAAAGAUUGUCCGCGGUGUGGCCAUUGGUAUGGCUCUGAUCAUGUACGGCCGCCAAGAGGGCGCCGAUGUUUUGAUCGAGGGCCUGCUCAACGACCCUGAUCCCACUCUGCGCUAUGGUGGUAUCAUGACCGUUGCUCUGGCUUACUGCGGUACUGGCAGCAACAAGGCCAUUCGAAAGCUGCUUCACACUGCUGUGAGCGAUGUCAACGAUGAUGUUCGCCGAAUUGCCGUCAUGAGUCUGGGCUUCAUUCUCUUCCGUAAGCCCGGCAGCGUUCCCCGUAUGGUUGAGCUGCUGUCCGAAUCUUACAACCCGCACGUCCGAUACGGUUCCGCCAUGGCACUGGGUAUUUCUUGCGCUGGUACUGGACUCGACGAGGCCAUUGACCUUCUCGAGCCCAUGAUGAAGGAUCCUACCGACUUUGUCCGACAGGGUGCCCUCAUCUCACUCGCCAUGAUCAUGGCACAGCAAAAUGAAGUCAUGAACCCCAAGGUGUCUUCCAUUCGAAAAACGCUCAAGAAGGUGGUUGGUGACCGCCACGAGGAUGCCAUGACCAAGUUUGGUGCUGCCCUUGCUUUAGGUAUCAUUGACGCUGGUGGUCGCAACUGCACCAUUGGCCUGCAAACCCAGACCGGCAACUUGAACAUGGCCGGUAUCGUUGGUAUGGCAGUUUUCACCCAGUACUGGUACUGGUUCCCUUUCACCCACUUCUUAUCUCUCAGCUUUUCACCAACCGCCAUUAUCGGCCUUGAUCACGACCUAGAGAUGCCAGACUUCAAGUUCCACUGUGCCACUCGCCAGAGCCUAUUUGAUUAUCCUCCUGAGCAAGAGGUCAAGACAGAAGAGGGACCAGCUCUUAUUGCGACUGCCAUUUUGUCCACGACAGCUCAGGCUAAGAGGAGAGCCCAGAAGAAGGAACGGGCGCAGCGUCGUGAAAGCAUGGAUAUCGACAGUGCCCCAGCUAAGAGUGGAGACAAGAUGGAAGUGGACGACGAAAAGGUCAAGGAAGAGACAAAGGACAAGAAGGAGUCUGACGACAAGGAUACGGCAUCUACCGAUGCCAAGAAGAAGCCCGAGAAAGAAAAGGUCGGCUACGAAAUUGAGAACAUGAGCAGAGUCCUGCCUGGCCAGCUGAAGUAUAUCAGCUUCCCAGCUGGUCGAUACAAGCCAGUCAAGAAGCCAACUGGCGGCCCUCUCCUUCUUGACGAUACCCAACCUGACCAACCCAAGUCUCUUCUAGAGGAGAAGCUGAAGAAGGUGACUACCGAACGCGCCCCUGUAGCCGGGCAACAGCCCGGCAGAGGUGGCGCAGGUCGCACCGCGGGCUCUGGCAGAUCUAUCCUGGAGGGCAUUGUCGACCCUAAUAGCAGAGGCGUCAACCCCCUCAUGGAGCAGCUUCUACGGAGCCAGGGACGCUCUCCCUUUGGCGGUCUUGUAGACCCCAGCACUCCUGGUGGUGACAUUGGAUCGGGGGCAGCAGCGGCAGCUGGAGUGCUCACCGCCGUAGAUGAAGAUGGCGAAGGUGAUGAAGAAGCUGGCGUGCCCAAUGCAUUUGACUACUUCUCCGAUGGAGAAGAUGAAGAUGAAGAGUAG